AUGAAAUUUCUCAUUUCUGCCUUAUUCUAUUUUGUGGCAAGCCAAUAUAUUACUAUUCCUAUACUGUACAGUAAAUUCACUCCAAACUCAGUAGUAGAAUCAUUCUCAAGAAGCUAUAAUUGCCCCAAAAUCAACUCUAUGAAAUGCAAAAAUUCAGGCGUAUAUUAUGUUUUAUAUGAAGUUAAUAGCCCUCUUGACAUUGAAAUCUUGAUAUCAGAGCUUGACUUUUCUUUCUCUUUUGAUGGCACUUUUUCACUUAGCGUGACGUCUAUUAUUAGCGAUUAUGCGAGGUCAUAUGAAUUUGUUAAUCUCGUGUAUGGCUACAGCCCAAACACCACCCAUGAUUUUGUUUAUUAUUCUGAGUCUUCUUACAUUUCUUUAAGAGACACAGCUUUAUCAUUUAUUGACUCGCAUGGAUGACAGAAAGUGGUGGUCAUUUUAGGUCAGGAAUUCCAAAGUAUGGAUUUUCGGGUAAAUGAUGAAAUUGAGAUUGCCUUACAAUCGAUUGUCCCAUCAUUAAUUUCUUAUGAGGCGAUUCGUCUUAUUUUCGCACAUCAAAUCAAGCCUCUUGGGACCAAGGUCAUCGUCAUCGCUACAAAUCAAGAAACAGCAGUGCUGAUUCAAAAAGCAAUUGUUGAAACAGACAUGAAUAAAGCAGAUUACGCAUUUAUUUUUCUCCACCAUAGUGUAUGAGCAGCAUAUUUAGAAGGAUCAAUUUUGAUUGCAGAUGAUGAAUACAUCCCUAAAAGUGAAGAAGAUUAUCUCGAGUAUCUCGUAGACUCAUUUUCACUUUAUUUGGUAUUUUUCAUGAGUAGCAGCCAAAUUCAUGGAUCUUUUUCAUCUUAUAUACUCAAUGAUUACAUGAAGACUGCUGCCGAAAUAAACUCUACAUCAUAUCUGUAUAAUAUCCAAAAACAUAGUAAUGUUCUUUGCGGGUCUAUUAACGGAAAUAUCAUAGAAGUUAGCUCGCCUUUUAUUUUUCCAGGAAAUUCAAUCACUGCUCCUGAUAAUGAAAAAAUAAAUAUUUCUAUUAGUGCUUAUGGAGGAGCAUCAAAUCCAGAUGGAACGUAUUAUGUAGAAAAUGCAUUAGCAUUAACUGGAGCUAUGUAUGCUGCAUAUGAUAUCAAUGAUAAGUCUGAUAUAUUGGCUAACUUUGAGCUCUCAAUUUUUAAUAUAUCAGAUUGUGGUGCAUCUAUCUUCGAAUAUGACUAUAGCGCUUUCCCGAGGAUGGCGCGGAAUGGCGCCAUCCUCGGGAAAGCCAGGAAGGCAUCCACACGGGAACUGGGAGUUCCACGUGGGGAUGCCAUUUUGACAUGUGGAAGUUUGGAUCCCACAUGUCAAAAAUGGCAUCCACACGUGGAACUCCCAGUUCCCGUGUGGAUGCUUAGUUGACUUUCCCGAGGAUGGCGCCAUUCCGCGCCAUCCUCGGGAAAGCGCUAUAUUGCUAUGACUGUCUCAAAGCACACUUAAAAGAUAUUGGCUAUUUUCAUUUAUCUGGCUUAGAGACUGUAAUAGCUCAAGGCACAAUCCAAAUUUUCCGCAGUUUUAACUUACUCCCCCCCCCCUCCGUGAGCGAACAAAAAAAUUUUGUUCACUCACGGAGGGGGGUUAAUUUUUUUUUUUAAAAAAAAAAUUUAUAUAUAAAUUUUAUAAAAAAUAUUUUUUUCGAAAUUUAAAAAAAUCCUAAUUUGCAAAAAUUGGGAAGCAAUAAUAUUAAUUUAAUUUGCAAAAUUUAUGUUUUAAAACGCAAUUUGUUUAAAAUUAAACAGAAUUAGCUCUAGAUUUCAUUAUACUAAUUAUCACUUAUAUAUCAAAAUUUUUUUCCAUUAAAAUUUUUUGUAUUAAAAAAAUUUUUGUUCACUCACGGAGGGUGGGUUUUUGGUCAAAAAAAUGGCGAUUUUUCUAAUGGUUUUGUUCGCUCACGGAGGGGGGGGGGGGAGUUAUCAAUCCCUGUUUUAGGAAUUCAGACAACAGCAUCCUUAAGUGAUUCUGCUUAUUAUCCUCAGUAUGCUCGAGUUUCAUAUUCAAAUAUAAUCACUGGACUAAUUGCUGCUAUAAUACUCAACUCAUUCGGAAUUAAAAAAGUCUCUCUUUUAUGCACAAACUCUACUUGAGGUACUGAUUUUAAAACACAGUUCGAAAAGCAGUGUGCGCAAUACCGCAUUGAAAUAUUAAACGAAAAUAGACUAGUUCCUAGUGGAUAUAAUGGGACUGAUACAUCAUUUAUUGAAGAAAUCAUAUAUUUGAAGUCAAGAUACCUUGUAAUGGAAGUCACUUCCCCUGAUGUGCUUAGUGUGAUUGAAACUUUCUAUGAUGCAGGAGUUAGAAAAGGAGACUUAUAUUUAUUUAUUGGAGAUUUAGUAAUUGACGUUGCCAAUCUGAACAAAGCUGAGAUUGGACAUGAGGCAUAUAAAAAGCGUAAAGAAUUGAUGGAUGGGCUGCUGUAUUUUGGGGUCCUAACUUAUUACGGCUCUAUUGGAGAAAAGCUUAAAAAAGAUUUCAUGAGCACCUAUGGGCUUGCGCCUGAUAUAAUGUGCUUAUAUUACGAUGCAACUUAUUUAGGAGCUCGUGCUUUGGGUUCCUUAAUUUCGCAAGGAAUCAAUUUAAACAGCACUACAAUUGCAAAGGCAAUACGAUGAAUAAAAUUUACAGGAUGUACCGGGAAAAUUCAGAUCAAUAAGUAUGGAAAUGACAGAUCAACAAUAAGAUUUGGUAUUUACAACCUAGUGCAAGUAAAUUCUACAUGAACAAUGAGACUAUGUGGGAUCUACAAUCCUGAUGGUGCGAAAUUUUAUGAGCAAGUUCAUUCUAUUUCAUGGUUCUACGAAAAUGAAGGAGUUCUGCCUAAUGCUAUUAUUGGGGAAGAUCACGAGUGUCCAUUUAGAUCGAAUCAAAGCAAGUCAUUUUUAUAUGGAUAUUUGCUAUUGACAGGGAUCGGAGCAAUUCCUCUACUAAUGGGAGUCUUUUUGGCAGUAAAGUAUUCUGGUUCCAUAUUUACAAGAAAAUUCCCUAUGCUUGAAAAAGCUCAAGAAGAGACUCUUAUUGACAUAUGAAUUUAUAUUGAAAUGAUAAUAGAAAGCCUGCAGUAUAUGGCAAUAGGGCCAGAUUUCACUGGAUUUAUGUCUGAGUUUUCUAAAUUCACUAAGUUUGCCAUGCUUGAUAUCAUGGGCCCGACCAAGGAUAGUGAUUGAUCUAUAUGAGAUCAAAUAAAGCUAAUUGAUAUCAUCGCAGCCUUUUGAAUCAUUUUACUUAUUCAGAGAGUUUUUCAUAUUGGAGAGAAGUGAAAGAUUUCAUUACUUACUGCAAUGGACGAGCUUGGAAAAUAUUGUUUGCCGAUUAUUGGAGACCUUUUGUUUAUACCAAUCGUCAAUUUUUUGCUUAUUACUUUCCAGUGCACGAAUAGUAUUGGGAAUGAGUUCAAGGACAGCUAUCAUGAUCAAGACUGCACUGUAUUUUGCUGGCAAGGGAUGCAUAUGAAAUACGUGAUCAUCUCUUCCAUAGUUCUUCUAUCCUAUUUACCAGCUAGUUUAUACUCUCGGCCUAUGUGGCAAGAUGAAACUGAAGAUCUAGUGUUUCAUAUCAGAGAGCAGCCAUUUCACUCAGUCAUGAAGAGUUUUUGGCAGAUUCUCUUGAUUGUAUUAAGGGUCAUUCUAUUUCCUGCGUCUCAAAUAAGCUAUAAUGCAUGUUGCUGUACCAUAAUUAAAAUAUGGCGUCUUCGUCCGGGCAUGGCCUCCGGGCCAUGCAUACUCGACUCAUAUUUUAAUUAUAUCUGAAGGUUUACAUUUCAGAAAUGGACAGCAAUGCUAGGUAAGCAAUUCUGGUUGUGUUCAGAGCCUAGCCCAAGUCUACUUUCAGAGGUGGUUUUUCCUCAUGGGGAAGGGAGACACGGAAAUUGGAAAGGGGAAGCUCAGCCAAGUGCGUUAGGACCAAUCGGGCAACUCACUAGCGUGAAACUGGGCGUUACGUCCCAGGCCCGUGCUUUUCCUUUUUGCCGACAGCUGACCAGAAAAUCUAUUUUUUAUGGAUUUUCGGAAAGGCAACCCAUGUACUCAAGCAAAUAGCUCACUCAUGAGCUGUCGAAGCCGGUAGCGUUUUUCCUAGACGCACCCUGGAGCAACAAAGCUGGUCGACCCAGAGGCAGUGGGCCCGAUGCGCCGAAAGGUGAGCGAUAGCUCUGGGAACGGCAACUUCGUAAGGGACUUUAAGCGUUAUUAAUCUAAUGUUAAUGUUAAUGCAUGUUGCUUUACCAUAAUCUUAUUAUUUACGCUUGCUUCAUGGUUUAUAAAGCGGCCCUAUAAUUAUCAUCGAGCAUCAAUGUGAUACUCUAUUUGCUUGACUGAUUGCCUCUGAUUUUGAACUUGCCGUGAAAUCUCUCAGCUGAAUUUAAUUCUUGCGGAAUGUCUUUUAGGGGUUGGAUGAGUUUUCUCUUUAGCAGCUGGAAUAUGGUUUCAGAAAAAAUAUUUACCUUCACUUUUAAUUCGCCCGAAAGGCCAAGACAUCCUCAGGUUGUUCAGAUUCCAAUUGUCUAGGAGAACACCUUCUGAAGCUGGAAUCGAUAAAUCAGUUAAAUAUCAAUACGUAGAACCAAUACAAAAAGAAGAUAUGAAAAGCAGUGAUCAAUCUUGUGUAUAG